AUGCGUCAGUCCAGAGACUUUCAUAAUGAUGAAAUCUGCUGUGUACUGGCUCAAGGAGAGUGCCAGCCGGAACAUCCCAACCAAAGAAAAAAACAACAGAUUGAGGGAAAUCAGCCAAUGCAUUCUAAUUAUUUUUUUGUAAUCUCUGCUUUCAAUGAAGACCUUUUAGGUCAUCAGGUUUCCUUUUCAAGUGUCCGGCGUUUUGAGAAUCAAAUUGUCGCCAGAAUGCCGGUCAGUUUGAUCAAUCUUGUCUUGGCUUUUCCAACUCGUUUGGCUACAGACAAAAGGGCAUCUGGUUGCCGCGCCAUCAGCUCUUUUUCCGGCAACGGUUAUGCCAAGCAAACACGUGCAGACCUCGAGUCCUGCUUUGCCUCGGGCCACUUGGGCGGAAAAGCAAAAUUGAGCAUUGGAUACCGCAAUGCGAGAUUCGCACCAUCGGUGGGCGUUUCAACGACCAAGCCUCGGGCUUAA